GUGCUUCCAAGUUAGGUUGAGGGGAGAAGGGACGAGUGAGGCGUAGCACUGCAGGUUGGUGUUUGGACAGUAUUUCCUCCUUUUUUUCCUGCAACAGUGUGUCCUGUUAAAUUGAAGUGCUGAGGUAACCUAGAAAAUGUAUUCUCCUCUUGUAGCUCUCGCUUUUCUUAUUUAGGGUGACGCUACCUUAUUAGCUGGCCUGCUCAGCUCGCCUUGUGCUCCUCCGAAUUUAUGGCAACAUGGCGAAAUUAGCCAGCAGCUAACCUCAACAACCCCGACUGCUCUUUGUAGCGAACCGAUCGGUAAUGUUUACCUCCGCGAUGGUGUCAGAUCAGUAAUACAUCCUUGUAAUAUGCAAGUAGUGCUAAUUUUUAGGUGUUUUACACAAGGGAGAUGGAUUUGUGGAGAAAUGGUUGUUCACACGCACACCCCGAAGCUCGCAGCUAACACAUUUCCCUCCAGGCUAGCUAGUUAGCUGCUGCCUUGUUAGCUGACAUCGACAACGGUGGACGACUCAGCUUUGCAAGACUCUAUUUCGAUGUAGUCAGCGUCGUCGUACAGUGAACCUAACUUUGAUUUUAAUGUCAUUUAUCAAAGUGAUGUGACUGAAAGUAGAGGUGUUGUUGUGCUGUAUUGGCAGUGGCAGCGAUGUUAAGGCGUUAUCGGUGUUCAUUCAUGAUCGGCUUGUGUUUUUUUUUUCAUUGUGGCGUCGGGUUAUAUGCUUGUUUUACAAUAUCUAUUUCUCUGUCGUCCCAAAUGAGUGUAUAAAACAUAUUAUGUCUCUUUCUCAUCUCAUCUCAUCACAGUAUUCAAAACACAUGAUGGUAACGUUAACAGAAAAUAAUGAACAAGAGGUGAUUUACCAUUCUGUUUCCCUCAUAUGCACUGAAACUGUACAAUAGUUACGAAUAAAACAUAAUAAAUAUCAGACAGUGUCAGUGAUUACAGAGCAGGUCGGGCGAUGGCCGAUAUAUAAGGCCGAUAUUAUAUAUUUACACAUAUCUGUUGUUGUUGCUUGUUUUGCAUUGGAAUAAUGGAUUAGAUUAGAUUCAACUUUAUUGUCAUUGAACACAGUACAAGUACAGGAACAACAAAAUGCAGUUUAGCAUCUAACCAGAAGUGCAAGGUAUGUACAUAUGGGCAGUGCAGGUAUGAACUGAAUAUACUCUAUAUAUACAUAUAUGUGCAAUGAGUAUGCUAAAAAUAUAUACAUGGUGUUGGUUCCUGCAGGUAUGAAUAGGCUAUACAACAAAAAAAUGAUCUAAUUAUGUAUAUUAUCUAUAUUUACAAUAAUAAUAGAAUUUUACUAUAGAUAAGAUACAAAUUACUAAUCUUGAAUGACUAUUUUAUUAUUACUGGCCUCCCCUGGUGAUGGUUCAGUAACAUGUUUCCACAAAAUGCCCUAUACUAAAUUAGGAUUUGGCCGACUGAUUAACCGCUCCAUAGUAAAGAUAAGGUGAUAUACACACAUAAAUAUACUGUUAAUUUAACAAAAGUAUGAUUGUAUGCUAUAUUAAUUCACUUGAAGAUAAACAAACUGUGCAAUUGUACUUGCAAAUCAAUCAUGUUGUAAUUUGAUUUGUGUAUAAUUUACAUAUACAAGUUUAUUAGUGAAAAGUGGCAAGUAUGGGAUACAUAUCUGAGUAAAUGUCAUAUAUUAUUUGAAAUGAAAGCUUUUCCGUUUUGCUCCCACGAAUGUCAGUUUCUAAUCGCCCUCUCCCAUCCUCCCUCCCUCACUCCCAGGUUUCAGCAGCUGUUUGGUCCUUGCUUAUUUAGUUCCGCCUAUCAACACGCCCUUGUCCUUCUAAUAAAUACCGGUGAGUGCUGGGUUUGCUGUGAUUUUUCCCUCAUUUUGUCUUCCUUGGCUCCUCAAUAGCUGGUUUGGGAGCAUGCAGCUUCAAUUAUCAAAUUUUUCUUCCCCUGUCACUAUGUUGUCAGACCACCGUACCUCACAGGGGUCAGUUCUUCGCUUCGCUCUCCUUGCUGCUGUUGCCCGUUCCCCACUCCUUGAGGCUUGUCCCAUCUCUUCUACCGUCAGAGGACCAUGGAGACAGAAAUUGAACAGCAAGAGGACUCUGCUUUCAGCAACACCGAGACCAAUGGUAUGAAACUCUAUUUAUUAAAGGGUUUUUGUGCAUGAAUAGUGUCUAUAGUCUUAUAAAAGGCUGGAAAAUUGUUUGGGAAUUUGGAAGUUAUCCAUAUCUAAGACCAUCUACUUCAUAUUACUCCUUAUUCUCUAAAUUAUGUGUAAAUUACACUACAAUACAAUAAUUUUAUCAAUCCCCAAGGGGAAAUUCAUUAUGAUACAUGAACAUUUGGUAUAUUGUCAGGGUCCUUCCUUUUUACUCUUAGUAAUACCCCCCUGAUGUAGUGUCUGUAUUCUCUUAGAAGAAGCACAAAAAUCUCCUGCUUCUCCUUGUUUUGCAAACUGUCGUCUGUGUAAAUUCAAAUGUUAUUGAGAGCGAAUUCGACUGAAAUGAAAUAUGUAAUUGUGUGCUUCACUCCUACCUGUGGUCCUUUUUGAUAAUUUAAUUUCAGUUUGUGAAAGGUUGUGUUUGCAGGAUUAAUGUUGCUGGUCUUUAUCUCCUGAUGCCAGGUAAGCGCCCCGCUGAGGAUGCAGAUGAGCAGAAAUCAUUCAAGCGCUCCAGGAACUCAGACGAGAUGGUUGAGCUUCGCAUCCUCCUGCAGAGCAAAGUAAAUCAACUACCCUUUCAUUUCACACCCAUGAUUAAACUCUUAUGUGAUUAUAAGGAUUUAUGUCUCUUUUGCGUCUGCAAAAUCUGCCAUUUCCUUUUGUUACAUCCUGUAUAAAUGUGUUUCUUGUUUGUGCUGUAACUACAUAUCUGCCUUCAAAACAAUGAAUAGUCAGCCUUUAUUUUUCCACCAACUUUGGUGCUCAUCCUUAUAAUAAUUGUAACACCUGUUCUUUUAAAGAAUGUAAGUUUAACUUUCUGUAUUAUUUUGAUGUUUUGGUAAGAAGUAUUUUGUGUUCCCAGAACGCAGGAGCUGUAAUUGGGAAGGGUGGCAAAAACAUCAAAGCCCUGCGUACAGACGUGAGUACCUGUACUUUGUAAAUUCAGAAUCUUUUUUUUUCUUUUUUUUUUGGUUUCGCCCUUUAAUUUAUUUAUUUUUUCCCUUCACUGGUGUUCAGCAUCUCAAAACUAGCCAGCCCUCCUCAACGAUAGCUGUUCUUUACACAGACUCUUUAACUCAUGUUAACUGAGCAGAAACAGAUUUUGGCAUUUGGCCAUGUUUUCUUUUUUAAAACAAGGUGUGUGGUCAGCUGAUGCCUGUGUAAGUCUUUCGACAAACCCUUGUGGGUCGGUUUUGUUGUUCUUAAACAAAAGCAUCUUGUGAUUACCUUAGCUAAACUGGCCCUUGAAACUUAAGUCGAAGUUCAUGUCUUUAUUUUUUCUCAAUUUUUUAAUUUAUCGUUAAACCACUGAUGCUUUCGUUAGUUGAACGUGGAGGCACAGUGUGACAUUUACUAAGGUCACCAGCAGUGCCAGCUUACUUUUUAAGUGAUAAGGCAACCUGGCCAUUUCUUAAUUCAUUAAGUCAUUGCCUCUUUCUGUAGCCCUCCACAAUUUGUUCUACCCCUCUUUUUCACUGUCUGUGGUCUAUUCCCCAUCAUUGAAAUCUUCAUGUUCUUAAUAUGCCAUUACCCAUUUUCCAAUGUCACAUGUUCUCCUUUCUCUCUUUGACAAACCAAUCUCUGAGAGAAUCAAAUUAAAGUCACGUUUGAACAGUGUAGAGCCUGUAUAUUAAAAAUGUAUUCCUCUUCCCUCUUCCCUCUCCCUUGUUUAUUAUUUUACUGUUGACUUUUUGCCCACUUCCUCCUCUGUUGCCCAUGUUCUGGAUGGCCCCUCCUGCGCCCGCCCACCUGACACCCUGGUUGGCCCUGUCCAUAAUCGUGCCCUGUCCCUAAAUGGGCGCCUUACUUGAUUGACAUCUGUGCUCGAAUGGCCCUGGCCCCUGCCCAUGCCACGCCCAGUACAAUGCCAGUGUGUCAGUCCCAGACAGCAGUGGGCCUGAGCGGUAUGUCCCUAAGCUCCUCCCUCUCACUGCCUGACUACAGGUCAAACAAACAAGAAGAGAUGAAUAAUAAAUAGACAUCCUGCCUCUGUCAAGUCACUGUAUUUUAACCUACCUGUUCUCACAAUAUAUUAGCCUGAAUCAAAAUGCCUAAAUGCGUUCAUGUCCAAAUCUGCCUGUAAAAGCCAUGUCAACAUCCUUCUAUAUGCCAUUUUUAAAGUCACCUCAACACAUUGAAAUUUAGGCUGGUGUUGUCAGGGUUUUUCCACAAUCUGCCACUGUCUUUUUAAAAAUCUUUGCUAUGAUCUGUGCAAUAUGUCCGUGUUGCUUUAUUUUCCUUAAAUUUUCAUUGAUGAUUAUCUAUCCUCUUUAUCUUUGGCGUUUUCACCCCCCUCCCCCCUCAGAGUGGAUAUAUUGGUGGUCUUGUUUUGUUAGUUUCAUGAGCUCACUUGCUUCUCGCACCAUCCCAUUCUUUCCUUGUGAUGUCCUCAUUUUAUCGAUGGUCUCUGACUGUCCAUCCAUUGUGAAACGCAAAAAGGCAAGCCAGGGCUUCACUGUUGUGUGCGUGUGUGUUUCGUCCUUCCUGUCUUCUGCUUCAUCUGAACUCGGCUGUUGACUGUUGGAGCUAUUGAAACUACAGAUAAGCCCUCCCUGUCCCAUUCAUCUCUAUGGUUUUACAUUUACCGCUUCUCCCAGCCCUCUUAAAUGCAUCAACCCCGGUGGUGGCAAACUUCAUUUCCCGUGGUAUAAUCUGCUCUGAUACUCUUCCUCAGCUGUCUACCAUUCUACUUCCAUUUACAAACUGUGCCGCAGUUUUCUUGAUCAGUAAAUUCAUUUUUUAUUUUGGUUUGUUGUCAGGUGGGUGCAGACUACAAAAAUAUGUGUACAAUUCAACACAUUUGAAGACGAGAAUGCUCUGCAAACAAUUGCACACCAUCCUCGACUGCAAACAAAACAACAGUAGAGAGGAUAAAUUAGUUCUCUCUGUCUUCCAUGAACUUUACUUUGUGUUGUCACCUUAAUUGGGGUCUUUGAAAUUCGAGUAUUUAUUUUUAUUUUUUUUGCAGUGUGCAUCCACUAAACUAUGCUUUAGGAAUUUAGAGGUCUCUCUGGCACCUUUUGGUGCUUACUCCUGCCAGAUCCUCCUCCUCAGGCUUCACCCUCCCCGUCUUGCCCCUUCAGUAGUCACCAAAUGCAGUCACUUUUCUUUGGGUCCCCCUUUAUUUUGUCUCUUUUCUUCUUUUCUCUCGACAAGACUUUCCUUUUUUCAUUGUAUAUUUUUGGGAACCAGCUUGUUUUUUUUCUUGUUACAGUGUUGGAAAAUUCAUGAAAUACUGUUAAAAACAAUUAGCAAACACUGGACCUCAACUGUUCGUUUAGCUCUUAUUCUCAGGAUUGACUUUGAUUAAUUGGGUGGGACUUUGAAGCUUUGGCAGAAAAAGGGGGAUGUAGUGAAUUCUCUCAUCUGAAAUGUUGUUCCCUUCCUCCUGGGAUGCCUUGCUGGCUACCCUGUCCCCACCCCCCCACCCCCUGUGCGUGGCUGUGGCUUCUGAUUGGUGGCUGAAUCAUGAAGCAUCCUGAGCAUCAGUGCAGACAUCGAGACAGUUGGAGAAAUCCUGCUUAAAAUUAUUCCAACAUUGGAAGAGGUGAGGAUUUUUUUUUCACAAGCUAACAAAGAUGUGAACAUGUCAUGAUGAAAGUCAUCCACCUGUCUUUGAUACGAUGGACAUUAGAUAUGCUGAAGUUAAAGGUUCAUUGUGCUGUUGAUCAAGGACAUCCGUAGAUGUAUGCUCUUUCUAUUUUGCAUUUUAAGCUCUUUUCACUCGCGAAUGGCUGGUAUAGAAAUGUUAAACUGCUCUUGUUGAAAACCUGCUCGCUGGUUUGUGAAUUCUGUCUCAAUAUCCUCAACAGAGCUGUUGCUAUAAGCUUUCUCUAUAUGCGUUUUAUAGAGAAUUGUAACCUUAAUCUCUACAGACAGCUCAUUUCUAUUAUCAUGUUUGGUUAUAUCCUUCUAUCCAUCAACUUGACACUCAUUACCUAACAUUACCUUAGAAUUAUUGUGUGAGUCAGUUUUAUGUAUACAGUUUAAUAUUUCUAAUAUUUGGCCUUCGGUCUGCUCAGCUCAUAGCUGGAUAUUACAAUACAAUACAAUGUCCCUCUCAGUACCAACAGUACAACGGCAUGGACUUUGACUGUGAGCUGCGUCUGCUGAUCCAUCAGAGCCUCGCUGGCUCCAUCAUCGGGGUGAAGGGAGCCAAGAUCAAGGAGCUGCGGGAGGUAUGUUAAUGCAAAGGAUCUGGAUCAUCUCUCUGUGAUGGAUAUAUCUGCCAAACAGUUGACAACCUUAAAUUUGUGAGCAAUGUCAAACACGGUAUAGCCCUAAUACUCUGGAUUAAACGCAGCUGGUCCAUCUUUUGUUUAAUCUUAGUGUUUGUAUCAAAUCAAUUUCCUUGCCGUUACAUCCCCAUUAGUCUUGAUUUUCUUCGCCUGAUCUGUCAAACAAACCUUUGCAGAUAUAAAAAUGCCCUUAAAACUGUUGUGACACAGUAUGCUUCAAAGUCGUUUCUUUUUCUGCAGUGUUAUGUUGUCUUUUCUGAACAUGUGCCUCUCCCGUUUUCUCGUUCCUUUCUUGCCUGCAGAACACAAAGACCAGCAUCAAGCUGUUUCAGGAGUGUUGUCCUCAGUCAACAGACCGGGUAGUUCUGGUCGGUGGUAAAACCGAGAGGGUGGUGGAAUGUAUCAAGACCAUGCUGGAGCUCAUCGCCGAGGUGAGUUCCUUUCACAGUCCUUCACAUGUAUGUAUUAAAAAACUGUUUGUUGAAGUCCUCUUAUUGAAGGUAUGUAGGUGAUGGGGAAUUUAGAAGUGCAGUCAAAUGAAAAACAAUAAAACAGAGCUCCAAGUUACAUCUAUUCCUUUGUAAAAGUGUGAAGUGAAAUGAAAUCAAUUUUAAAUGCCCAUAAAAUGAGUAAUUUUCCUCUUUUUUCAGGCUCCCAUAAAGGGUCGAGCACAGCCCUACGACCCUAACUUCUACGACGAAACCUAUGAGUACGGUGGAUUCACCGUGAUGUUUGAGGAGAGGGGAAGCGGUCGCAGGCUCAUGGGAGGGUUCCCCAUGCGCGGGGGGAGGUCCAGCGGUGGAGACCGUGGUUUUGACCGAAUGCCCUCCAGCAGAGGAGGACGGGGACCCAUGCCUUCCUCCCGCCGCGACUAUGACGAGAUGAGCCCUCGUCGGGGUCCCCCUCCACCCCACCCCAGCAGGGUUGGCGGCCGGGGGAGCGGUCGUGGACGCAACAUGCCGAUGGGUCACCCACACCGAGGAGGGUAAGAAAUGCACAUAAUACACGGUCUGUUUCUCUUUUGCCUGAUUUUAGUCUCUGCUUUUACUUGAAUAUCAGACCUUACAUGAUCUGUGGAUGCUUAAUUGAAUUUUUCUCAAAACCUGAUACCAGAUUAAAAUUUUUAGACAUUUUUAGCUGAACAUUCAGUUUAACACUCAUCAGUUUUCAGUCGUCCUUUCUGUCCAUUUUGCCCCUUAAGUUUUACAUGAUUUAUAUUUUUGGCAGCUAAUACCCCCUCUAGAGCUCAUGGCUUUUUUGUCUUGCGUUUACGUAUAUAAAGCAUAAUUUCCUAAUAAGUGCGUUCUGCUCACAUUUUGCUUUACAUCGUCUAGUUUAAAUGGUAGAUCAAGCCUAGUUCACUGCAUGUGGCAGGAUCCAACGAGCACCUUUUUUAGAAACAUUUGUAAUCAUGAUUAUCAUUCCAUAUCGUAUGCUCAUCAAUGUAUGUCUGGGUGUGUUUGUGUGUCUUUUUCCCAUCUACAUCUUGCCCACAGAGAUGAUCGUUACUAUGACUCGUACCGCGGCUCUGAUGAAAGGUCAAAGUAAGUCUCAGUCCCUAAAUCUUUGCCUCAACCUCUUAACCUCUCCGAGCAGGGAUACUUUGACACUCUCAUACUCUUGCACUUGCCUCAGCAUAGGUCGGUGCUGUGUAAUGGUAAUUCUCUGAAGCGAUGAUUCUUCAUUGGUUUCAUCAGGUGGUGCUUUUUGGAUUUUAGCAUUUAACCUUUUGACGUAAUGAGGAAUCUUUUGAUUUUCAUUCACAAGUGUGGCCUGAUUGGGCCUGAUGAGUUAAAAUUCAGUGCAAGUGUUGAGGUAUUCCCUAAACAUUUUCUCACUCUGAUACUCUGUCGCUGCACUUUUUAUGAAUGUGACUGCGCAUCUACUUUGUGUCAUAGCAUUGUGAAAACAUUAACACUCUUUAGUAAAUGCUUGCCCUCCUGUUUUAUCCUUUUCUUCUACUACUAACUUCUACCUUAUAAAUUUAAAUCUCCCUGAUUUCUCUUCAGUGCCCCUGCCUGCUGAAGUUAUUUAUCCUGCUGCUCGUUCGUCUGAUCUGAAGUGCUUUGAAGGAAAACACAGCAAUGUUGAAGUCCCUCUCUUACCUGUGACAAUAACCCAUCCAACUUGCUACUAACUCCUGGUCUCUCUUAGGAUGAGAUUAUGUAUUUGGUGGUGUGUGUAUGAGGGUCAGGUGCCGAGCUAAAACUGACAAUCAUCUAAAGUUGUCUCAAGCACAGCAGACUUCCUCAAGCUGGUCUGUAAUCUGAGAUUAAGUCUACAGAGCGUUAAUCAGAAUGUAAAUGAUACUAAACAAACAGUUUCAUUGUUAGUCUGCGUAGAUGGUUGGGCCAAAGAAUAAAUGUCAGAGUUUUGGAGCCCAAAUUAACAUCCUUUUAAUGUCACAAGAUAUACAGUUUACUGUUAUUGAAGAGUGAAGAUGGUGGUAAAUGCACAUUCAAAACUGUGGAGUCUGAAAUUUUUACUGACCAAGAAAAAAAUAAAGAGACUGAUUGAUUUUUAUUUUUUAUUUUUUACUGAUUAAUGUGAUCAAAGUAAUUACAGGUCAUUUAUUUCAGCUGCUCUAAAGAGUAAUAUUGUGACCCAGCUUUAGUGUCAGCUGUCCACACACAGGUAUUAUAAUAACAAACUGCCAUAUGGGUGACACAUUUGAGAGAAAUAUUCCCUGGCAUCCUCUUGAGAAAUGUGCUAAUUGCACGUUGAUUUUCUGAGUUUCAUUGAUUCCUGUCAUCUUAGCCAAUGGUGGUUAAAUGUAAAACAAGACUGUUGAAACGUCAUGUAUGUUAAGGCGUAAGUUUGACAUGACAGAGAGGAAUGUAUACGUGCGCUCUGAAGCAGCAAAUAAAUCCCAACCCAUUGCUUCAGCUUAAUUUGAGCUCAGUUUUUGUUGAAAAAGCGGCAGCUCUUGGCUCUGAUAAUCAUCACCACCACCUGUCACUUCUCUCACUAUAACACUGUCAGAGCUGUUCCUGUUACUGUGUGGGAAGAUGGCUGAGAGGAAAUGUGUUUAUACUGUAAUCUUGCUCAGCGUGUGUGCAGUUUGACCUAGACCAGAAAUUUCCUUUGGAAUGUUGUCAAGUUUUUUUUUUAUUUUAUUUUUUUAUAAAGCAUUUUCUAUUUCUCUCCUCCCCACCCACAUCCCUCUCUCUCUCUCUCUCCCAUACUCUGUCUGUCUCUGUCCCCGCCACAUCUCCCUCCUGUUAUGACACUUUCGUCACCAGUGACAGAAGAGGCAGACCAGAUCGCUAUAGCGAUAACAUGGUUAGUGACCCUUUACUAAAUGCAUGCAGCUCUUGUUCUAGCAUCUGGUUGGGCUGCAGUAUCCUCAGGCUGGCCUACUAAUGGAGUUAGCACCAGACAAUAUGUUUUGAUUAUCCAUUGUAUUUUAUAACAUCAAAACCAUGGCUGGUUGCUCGUGGACAUGGUUGUGCACUGGUUGUGCGUGAAGGCCAGAUUUGACGUGGUGCAAGCCUUCCCACCAAAUGACCAUAAUCACCACAGCCGGAGACACCCCAUAAUAAUCAGCUAUAAUUGCCCUCUUACUGUGUACUUUUCAUGGCCAGCCUGCUUCUCCUGCACAGAGAGGAAGGAUGUGGGGGGUGGAGAGGGUGGGGGUGGCCAUGGUUGGUUGCUAGGCAAUGAUAACGCUUUGUUGACAGACUGGAAGGUCUCUCUCUCUUUCUCCCUCUCUCUCUCUCUCUCUCUCUCUCUCUCUCUCUUUCUCUCUCUCUCUCUCUCUCUUCCAUUUUUCCUCUCUCUCAUCCCUCCUUCUCUCUCCGCUCUCUCCCUCUCUUUUUUUUCUCUCUGCUCUCUCUCUUUCCUCUGUCUUGUUCUCUCUCUCCUCUGUCUCUGUCUGUCUCUCUCUCUCCCUCCUUCUCUCCUUCGCUCCUUCUCUCCUCUCUGUGAGAGCUGGCAGGAUACUGCCUGCCGUUGCUCAGCAACAGCUUUUUGAAUUGCCUGUUGCCCUGGUGACAGCAGCAGCUGAAUAGCAGGUGAAAAUGGGGGCUGAUGGAGAUGCAAGGAGAGACUGGAGGGGGGAUGAAGAGAGGGAGGGGAGGAGGAGGAGUCUAGCUUAUGGAUGAACACUGGGUGGCUUUUAGUUGAGUCUACUCUAUGGACGAGGCUGCUGCAUCACCUUUACAUUAGAUCUUAUAAUCCAUAUCUUACAUCCAUUCAGCAGGGAUCUGUGGAAAGAUGACAAGAAUGGGCUGUUCUGUAUGUAACCCGUCUAUGUUUCUGUUUGUUUUUCACAGAGCGGAGGAGGAUACGGUAAGAAGAGAACCUCGUGUUUUUUCUGUCUUUCAUGGAUAAAGUGUGUCCUAAUGUGUAGAACUGUUCGGGCUCUAGUUUUCAACUAAGCAUACCGUAGUGUCGAGCAUUUUAUCUGAAUGUAAUGUUCGUAGAUAAAAUGACCGGACCUGCACAGUGACAACACUGCCGUGGCAUUUAUAGCUCACUUUAGUGUGCCUUUUAUUGAUUUUCAACAGUAUUUUGGUAGAACUGUAUUGGGUGACACUUGAGUUUAAGCAGCUCAGGUUAAAGCAAAUGUUGAAGAAAAAUGCAAAGAAGAUAUAUUUUGAAAUGCAUGACUGUUUUUUUUUUUUUUUUGUUAUGUAAGAAUGUUAGGCCAGUCAUACUUUCAGUUAAGUAUUUUGACUGAUAAUUUGAGUCUUAAAAUGUCAUAGAAAUAUAUCAGUACUGAAUCAAUGUUUUUUCCUGCUUUUUCCCCCUCUCAGACAACAGUUCCUCCUGGGAUAACUAUCAGUCAGGUGAGUCCCUACACUUUUUUUUUCCAUCAGCAUGGUUGGAAAAAUGUUAGGAGCAGAAUGUGAUAAAGAACAGUUUGAUAUCAGGUUUUUCUUUCUCCAAAUUUUCUUGGGUUCUUCACUUCUCCUCUGCUUGUCUGCUCAUCUCUUUUUUCCCUCUAACCAUCAGGUGGACGUGGCUACAGCGAUAUGGGUGGCCCUGUCAUCACCACACAAGUGACCAUCCCAAAAGAUGUGAGUAAACAACAGAUGCAUGACAUGUGAUCCCUUUUUCAACCAGAACUACCUUUAUGUCAUUAGAAUAUUCAGAUUGCCUCAUGUAAUUAUGUUCACCUGCAGUGUUCAUUUGUCUGUGCAAUUAAAUGUCUCAUUAGUCUUUGUCAGUAGGCAAGGGAACAAUGUAUCAUGUUGUCAAACAGUAGUUAAGGAGACAGUACUCUGCAGUGUAAUUGUUAUCAGUCAUGUUCAGAGUAGUGGUAUUUGUUUGUUAGUAUUUGGAAAAGGAAAAAUCAGUUGAAUAAAGAAUUUUCUUUAACUUAUUGGUCUCACUUUAUUGAGGUUUGUGUCUCCCUCUCUAUAUUUUGUGUUUUUACAUGUUCUCUCUUCACAAACAUAUAAGCUUCACCUAAAGUGUUUCUCCACGUGCUUGUUUUUUCUUUUCUCCCCUCUCCUCUUUUUCUCUGCUUGCUAUCCCACCAACAGCUGGCUGGCUCCAUCAUUGGAAAAGGAGGCCAGCGCAUCAAACAGAUCCGCCACGAGUCUGGAGCCUCCAUCAAGAUCGAUGAGCCUCUGGAAGGUUCUGAGGACAGAAUCAUAACCAUCACUGGCACCCAGGAUCAGAUCCAGAACGCCCAAUAUCUGCUACAGAACAGGCAAGCUCUGACACAGCAUCACCACAAACAACUGUCCGUUUAAGUGCUUGAAGUCUUGGUUUAGAGUAUCAGAUUUUGGGGCGCAUUAUUUCCAUUGUGCUCCGUGCUCCUCUAGAGUUUGUAGUCAUCCUAGGAUUGAAUCUCUUGGAGGAAAAAAAAAAAAAAAACUUGAAUGCAUUGGUUAGAGAACUCUGCCGGUCUCACACCUGUUGUGUUGCUUGACAGAAACCACUGGUGCAACCUCUCUUACUGCAGUCUUUUAUAAUCAUGCUAUCUUUUGAAGGCCGCAAAUGCUUAAAUUUAAUGUAAUACGGAAACCUGUGUUCCUUUUUUUUUCCUGUCAUUGGAAAAACGUUGCCUUAUUAUUUUAAACGUAUUAUAAUGUCUUUUUUCAAAAUCAUCCAAAUGCUAGUUAGCCCACUCUUUUGUAGGGUUAUGCUUUCCUGUUGCCUGCUGUCUCUUCUUCACUAACCCCUUUCCUUUCUUCCCAAUGCAACCUGCAUCUAGUUCAAACCUUCCUCUUGCAUGAAAUGGCUAUGAAGGAGUAGACAAAGUUUAAAAUUUCUUUUUAAGAGUCAAUGUGAUUGACAUAUUUCUUUGACUAUCACAUUUGUCCAUUGAUGUAAAGAUAAAAAUUAAAAAAGUCUAUCUGCCAUCUAAGCCGUUUCACUGUGAAGCAGGGAGUGGAUUGAUUCUUCCCCCGGCUGCUGCUGUGUGGAAGACUAGUGAUUUUGUUGUUUUUAGUUAGUUGAAGCGACAACAAAUCACAGUCUGCCAAAUAGCACGGGCUCCUCCUCUUCUGUCUCCCUUGGCAACCAGUAGGCACGUAUAAUGCACAGUACUUCCUUGUUGAUGCUACCCGAGCUUAGCCUGAAUGCUAAUACAGCUGUAAACCUGCCGCCACUGUCUCAUGAGUAGUGUAGUGUUGCCAUGGUAACUAACCCAGCCUCUCUUUUCCUCUCCUUCCUCUCCUCCCCCUUCUGUGUGCUGCACCUGCUUGGACACAAGGCCUAACCACACCCCUCCUUUUUCCUUCCCCUCCUCCUCCUCCUCGCUCUUCUUCCCUACCCAUGUUCCUCUUUGCCCAUCUCUCUUACUUGUUGCCUGUGCCUCCUGCUCAUCCCCCCCCUACCCCACACCACCCCUUCUUCCCUCAGCUAUACAUUAACAAUGUCACUGACUUGUGAAUUGCAUUUUCUUCUAGCGGUUUUAUUUAUUUUUCUCUUUUUUUUCCAGUGUGAAGCAGUACUCUGGUCAUUUGCUGUAGAUCCAGGAGACUAAGACUGAAGCAGACCCAGAUUCCCCCCUACCCAACCUUUCUCAACCUCUAAACCCCAGAACCUUUCUCCCCCUGUCCAACAUAUCCCCUUCAGACUAUAACUCUGGAUUGUGGGUGUCUUUUUGAAUUUUAUUUUUGUAUUUUUUAAUGAAAAAUGUCCAACAUUCCUGUGCAUACAACAAAUGUAGAUGUUCUGCAUUUUUAAGAGUGUAGUCCAUUAGUUUAUCAGAUACACUUUUUUUUUUCUAAUAUCAAAUCUAUAAAAUUAUUCUUCAGUCUCCUGACAGACAAAAGAUAAACAUAACCUUUAUUUUUGAUGGUUUUGUUUAUUAACAGCUUGUAUGUUUGUGUCUCCAGUUUAGAUCUGUCCUCUGUGUGUAGCAUGUGCGCAUGUUAGUGUGUGUGUGGAUUGGUUUGCUUUCUGUUUUCUAUUUGGGUUCCUUCACACAGUUACAAAUCAUUAACAUUACCCCGUGCAGAAUGUAAGCAGUUUCUUUCAUAUUGAACUCAUUAUCAUGUGUUUUUAUUUGUUUGCUUUCUGCUUUUUUUCUUUUUUUUGAAAGAGUUGUGGGACAUUUUACCGCCAGGAUUUGAUUGAUUUAGGUUUUGGACUCUCGUACACACUGGGUCCUGGACAGUGUAACUAAUUUCUAAGACUAAGACUUUUCUGAAUAUACUGUGGUAUUUGUAUGAUCAAAAAAUCUGAAAAAUUUUGAGAAACUCCUGAAAAACAAAUGUGUAGCAUUUGAAAUUAUAUUGGGGAUUAGACCAAUAUUGAACUUAUCUUUGUCCAUCUUAUUCCCUGUACUCUACACUUGUUUUUUCUCCAUGCUGUAGACUUCACAUUGUCAAAUUGUAAAAUGAAUAAAGAUGGUGCCACUUUUUACUGAAGCAGUUGUCAUCUUCUCUGAG